AAAACUAUAGUGGAAAAUGUCGUGCAUAUUACGUAAGUUAAUACCUUUUGGAAAAGCUGGCUUGGAAAUAUUGAGAUGAUAACGGGCAGAAAGAUCAGAGAUUGAACUGGACAGAGAAAGAUGGAAAACUUUGACAUUCAACCUCUCUACAGAGAAGGAACGGUGAUUUCAGUCAUCUCGCUUGGCAGUCCAAGAAUUUGGAAGAAGAUGAAGUUCACCAUGUCAUCAUCUCUGCUUUCUGUUGUGUUGGUUCUAGGGUUGGUAGCCCUCAUCUCGGGAGCACGGCCAAAGGCUAGUCCAAGACGAAAGCCAAGUAACCUAAAAGCCAAUUGCUUCAAGUGUUCUCCUGGCCAACUUGACUCCCCGUGCAUCAAGCCACAACUUGUGUGCGAUUUCAGGCGAGACUGCCCCGGUGGUGAGGAUGAGGUCGAGGAGAUAUGCCAUCGCUCUCGAUUCACAUCCACGUACAGUGUGAGCAUCGAUGAUCCUAUUUUGAUACACGACAGUGACAACGCACCAGCCCCCUUACCCGGAACCAACACAUUCUUUGCCCUCGAUCGAUUCACCGGUCCUCCGGGAUCGCACAUCACGUUUGAGUUCACCGACGUCGCUUUCUCGGCUGAGACUAAGCGAUCCCGUCGCUCCUACAUCGCAGUGGGGUCGGGCGACGAUCCCACGAUGGUCUCUACCCAAGUCGCCCGCAUUUCGCCCGAUACUCUGGCGAGUACGGAUGGGUACACGGUUAGCAGCAAUGAGGCGUGGUUGCUUGUAGUGCACCCAAAAGGAGAGAACAUCGGCUUCACUGUCCGUGUAAACGUGGUUUCUGAGAGCCCCGUGAUCGUCCCCGCGGUCGGGAAUGAUGCUGACGUCGACGUGGGUAUGUCAGCUUGUUUCCCGUGUCUCAGCAGUGACCUGAUUUGUGUCAGUUGGGACUGGCACUGUGACGGAGCGAAUGACUGUGACGAGGGAGAGGACGAGAUAGGCUGCCCCUGCCUGGGAUUCGAAUGCAGCGAUGGUAAAUGCAUUGAGAAGGGAUUCCAAUGUGAUGGCAUCGUUGACUGUUCCAACGACGAAACAGACUGCCCUGCUUAAAACGCAAGAUGGCGCUACAGAUUAAAGAUCCAACAAUCCCCAUUUAUCGGUGUCUGUUGUUCCCAAUAUAUUCACGAUGUCACAUGUGUGUUCCUCUGUGAUAAUUUCUUACCACCAAUUUUAAAUGUGAAACAGUGUGGUAGCCCGGAUGUUAUGAAUAAAGGAUUCAGUUCGCUAAGUUCAGUACCUAAAUUCAGAAAAGGGGAAGUGGGGGGGGGGGGGGGGACAACAUAUUGACGUAUUUACUCGGUCAGUGUUUUCAAUAAGGAAAUCGGAUGAUGGAGAUCGUGUAUAAAGCAAUAGAUAAAAAGGUUGGUUAUUAGUCAUGAUCGUCAUUUUGUAGUUAAUAAUGCUUAUAGCUAUAUGUAUCUACGGUUUAUUUUUUCCGCACACUAUUUUAUUAUUAUCAAAUUCAAAUGCAUCUCCUCCCCUCCUUCUAAUCCGUCUCUCCCUCGUCCCAUCUAACCGACAUCCCGGUCAUUAU